AUGGCAGCAGCGAGGCUCCGCCUGGCCCGCCGUUGGCCUGAGUUCUCUGAGCUCUCGCGGAAGGAGCCUUGACGCUUAGGGGUAUAGUGCGCUGCUUUAAUUAAAACCUUCAAACGCCACCAUUCAUUAUCUGAUUUAAUAUGUGUGAUCAUAUCUAAAUGCGCGUUUGUUUUCCGUUAACUCUCAAUCUGAGUCCAGUUUCCUCGCUGGUGCGUAUAACUAACAUUGGAGCCUGCAGCCUCCGAAAGAAGGCGGCCUCAUUUCCCCGCAAUUGCAUCUAUUUUGGGUGCUGGAUGAAUAGUCCUUUUUUGUUUAUUGGCUAGUAUAUAUAGUCGUUAUAUAAUUCCACCUUUAAAAACAUGCAGCCGGCAUGCACGGAUAUUUUGCAGUGAACCUGACAUCUUUGUAACUGCGCAGUUUCUUCCUUAUAAGUCGGGGGGCAGCGUGCAUUUUCGGACGAGUUGGCGGGGUUGGAGAUUGGAGCCCCCCCUGGGUCCGUCCAUUCCUACAUCCGCGGAACCCUCCUUCCGUCCGCGAUCGCACGUUCACCCCGACACACGCUCUCCGUGUGGCUCCAGCAGUCCCGCGGUAAUCGGUUCCCUGAAUGAGGAAGUGCGCCCAUCCGCUCCGGGUCCUGAUAGCUGUGAUAAGUGCGGAGGACGCGAUCUGCCCCGUGCCAAGCCACCCGCACCCGCUUUUUUUGUUUGCACCCUGUCCGCAGUUUUAAACCGGCCGCUCACUGAGCACUGGGGAGGCCAGGAUGAUUCCGGACAAAGCUCCCAGGGAGGACGUGUACCUGGCGCACGACUUAAAGAAAGAAGCGCACGUCCCCAGCUUCGAGAAGUACAAGGAGCUUUACCUGAAGUCGGUGGAAAACCCUGCGGAAUUCUGGGGUGAUGUUGCCAAAGACUACUUUUGGAAGUCCAAGCACACGGGCCCCUUUCUGGACUACAACUUUGACGUGACCAAGGGCAAAGUGUAUGUGAAGUUCAUGGACGGGGCCACCACCAACAUCUGCUACAACCUGCUGGACCGAAACAUCCAUGAGAAGAAGCUGGGGGAGAAGGUGGCGUUUUUCUGGGAGGGCAAUGAACCAGGGGAUGAGCUGAAGAUCACCUACAGGGAGCUGCUCCAGCGUGUCUGCAAGCUCGCCAAUGUCCUGAAGUCUCUGGGCGUGAAGAAGGGUGACCGCGUCUCCAUCUACAUGCCCAUGAUUGUGGAGCUGGUGGUGGCCAUGCUGGCCUGUGCCCGCAUCGGGGCGGUCCACUCCAUUGUGUUCGCAGGCUUUUCCGCCGAGUCGCUGUCAGAGAGGAUCCUGGAUUCGCAGUGCUCUCUGCUCAUCACUGCAGAUGGAUUUUACCGAGGGGACAAAUUGAUCAGCCUGAAGGUGAUCGCAGAUGACGCUUUGGAGAAAUGCAAAGAAAAAAACUUCUCCAUACAGAAGUGCAUCAUGUUGAAACAUCUGUCCAAAGAGUGCCCCGCCCCCUCACCAGCCCUGGGGUCCCAGUCCCCCCCGGCGAAGCGGACCUGCCCCAACCUACAGCAGGAACGCAAAGGGACUGUAAAGAAAGCCCGCCCCCUCCCCCAGAUUCCCUGGAACCCCGAGGUGGACCUCUGCUGGCAUACUCUGGUCGAGGACGCCUCAGACGAGUGCGAGCCUGAAUGGUGCGAGUCGGAGGACCCACUAUUCGUCCUCUACACCAGUGGCUCCACUGGCAAGCCCAAGGGUGUCCUACACACCAUCAGCGGCUACAUGCUCUACACAGCCUGCACCUUCAAGUACGUGUUCGACUACCAGCCUCAGGACGUCUACUGGUGCACGGCCGACAUCGGCUGGAUCACCGGGCACUCCUACAUCACCUACGGGCCCCUGGCCAACGGGGCCACCAGUGUGUUGUUCGAGGGCCUGCCCACCUACCCGGACGUGAGCCGGAUGUGGGAGAUCGUCGAUAAGUACCGGGUGACCAAGUUCUACACGGCGCCCACCGCCAUCCGCAUGCUGAUGAAGUUCGGAGAUGAGCCCGUCCACAGGUUUACCCGGAAGUCUCUGAAGGUACUGGGCACGGUCGGAGAGCCCAUCAACCCGGAGGCCUGGCUGUGGUACUACAACGUGGUCGGGGAGAAGCGGUGCCCCGUGGUGGACACCUUCUGGCAGACGGAGACGGGGGGGCACGUUUUGACUCCGCUCCCAGCUGCCACCCCCCUGAAGCCUGGCUCAGCAACGUUUCCUUUCUUUGGUGUUGUUCCUGCCAUUUUGAAUGAAUCGGGGGAGGAGCUAGAGGGACCAAACGAGGGAUACCUGGUUUUCAAACAGCCCUGGCCUGGUGUCAUGAGGACAGUCUACGGAAACCAGCAGAGGUUUGAGACCACGUACUUCAAGAAAUUCCCGGGCUACUAUGUCACCGGAGAUGGUUGCCGGAGGGAUAAGGACGGGUACCUGUGGAUCACAGGGAGAAUCGACGACAUGCUGAACGUGUCCGGGCACCUGCUGAGCACGGCGGAGGUGGAGUCGGCCCUGGUGGAGCACGAGGCGGUGGCUGAGGCAGCUGUGGUCAGCCACCCCCAUCCCGUGAAGGGCGAGAGCCUCUACUGCUUCGUCACGCUGAAGGAUGGCUGCGAGUACAGCGCCACCCUGGAGGCCGAGCUCAAGAAGAAGGUGCGGGAGAAGAUCGGCGCCAUCGCCACACCGGACUACAUGCAGAAUGCUCCGGCGCUCCCAAAAACAAGAUCAGGGAAGAUCAUGCGCCGGGUCCUGCGUAAGAUCGCCCGUAACGAGCGGGACCUGGGCGACGUGUCCACGCUGGCUGACAGCACCGUCAUCGAGCAGCUGUUCCAGAACCGCUGCUGCACAGUCUGACCCGGGAGCAGCCGGCCGCCUGCAGGACUGAGGCUCGACCAAGUGGGGGAGCCCUUCUCAGGGUGAAGUAGCGAUGAAGAAAAGGGGGGCAGAUAAUUAGCAUUUGCUUCCCUAUGAAGAACCGUAGGCUAGCCUUUUAUUUUUGUAUUGGGUUAUUUUUUUUUUUUUUUUUUUUUUUAAAAAGACGUUUAGCUUUUUGUUUAAAACGGCCUUGUGGAUUGGUGCGUGCGUGCGUCUGUGUGCGUGCGUGCGUCUGUGUGCUUGCGUGCGUCUGUGUGCUUGCGUGCGUCUGUGUGCUUGCGUGCGUGUUUAAAUAUACCUACACAUUUCCCUCCUGUCCUCCUUCUGCCAAACCUAAUUUAGAAAUAAUCUCUGCUGCUGUUUAAUAUGUGAGAUUGUGGGGAUUAUUGGCACGCUGAAACAUUCUUACGUCCUUACUGUUUCGGACGCACUGAGUGAUUUUUCAAUGUGGUUUGGCUCAUUCAUGUAUUCUGCAUUUUUGCUGGGUUUGGUUAUAUCUCCUUGUACCCCCUAUUGUUGCUGAUACAUAUGUUUCCGAAUCACUCCGUUUUCUGGUUCAGUGGAGCCCCCGGAUCGACUAGUUGAAUAAAAACAGAUUAUGCUCUCUACAUCUUCCAAUCACUCACUGUAUGACCAGCUAGAAGUGUUCCCGCCAAAACCCUUUUUAUCAGUCAUCUCAGAAGGGAGUAGAAUCGAUGAGUUAUAAAUCGCUUUACCCAAAUGAAAGCUGAUGAAUCCAGUGAGUUGUAUUUAUGGGGCUCCAGUCUUUGCGCUUAGUGUCAUAGAUGUAUUUUGUCUCCAGGUCAUUUCGAAUUCUUUGUGUUAAAAACACUCGUAUAGUCAUUAGCAUUGUCUUGAACAUUACUCCUGCGUUCUGUAUGUAGUUUCGCAGUUGCUAACCAGCUGGUUCAUUACAGAGACACAGUGACCCAAAGCCAUAUUAUGCAAUGACUGCACUGGACCCUGGUUGGUGCGGUUUUCGACUUUGAUAUUUGAUACCAACCCCCCCACACACACACACACAGCCCCCCCCCUUGAUGAAAUAUGCCUUACCUAAUACAGCCAGUUCAGAGUCUGUGUGCGUCUGUAUCUUCUUUGGGUAUAAACAGGUGAUGAACCAGUGCAGAGUGUAUUUUAUCAUUUUUGUCUGCAUAUGAAUCAUUUAGGGCUUUUUAAACCAUAUUGUCUAAGGUAUUUGGCAGUUGUGCUGGUAAACCAUUUAACUUGUUUUCCUGUGUUGUUCACCUAAACAUACACAAGAUGCAGAUUGGCCUUUGGCUCCGCCCCUACGAGAGCGUAAGGUGUACAGAGUGACCUGCUGUGGAAAGAAACUCGGCAACGCUGGGAAACAUGUUUUGUUUCUGUCAGAAUAUUAUGCAUUAACGUGUCUGUUUUUGAGGUUUGUGCUGGGGUGUUCACAGAAUAACCGCUACUGAAAAUAAACAUGGAAUUAAGCUUUUUUUUUUUUUUUAAUCGUGUGUUUUUUUUUCCCUUUCCUAAGUGUACUUAAAGCCAUUUUUAAGUCUCCUUUCUUUUGACAAACACUCUUCCUGGUGCUCUUUACGGUAUAGAGAGCGAGUCACGCCUGGACCUGGUGGCAAUGUCAUGGUACUGGGAGUUUUAGGAACCAGUAUCAAAUGCAUUUCCAUCGUAAUGAGAUGUCAUGUUUUAUUAAAAUUAAUAAAAAUUGGACUAAAAUUUUAA